AUCAUCACCGAGACAGAUUUCGACGAAAGGUCUGAGGAGCAGAUCGCAGCAGCUGGCCAAUUCCAGCGCCCUUCACUCAGGCAGGCAGGCAGGCAGGCGGUAGUGAUGGCCAAGCGGAUUCCUUCGAUCAAGUUUCCAAAUCGUCGCGGGCCUGCCGCCGCAGGGAAUAGCGCUCCAAUUGCCGCUCCUCCAAAGGUGACACCACCACCAGCCUCUGCCACUGCCGGGGCUGCUUCAAUUCAGCCAAGACGACCAGCGGUUUCCAAGGAGGAGAUUGAAGCUGUACUGCUUGGUGGUGGAGUUGGUUAAAGUAUAUGCAAGUUGCAGCCUUUGGAAUGGAGCUAGCCGAAGUUCUUCCGUAAGUUUUGAGCUUUUCUAUGGCGACCCUGGAAACAGGUGUCACUUACAUCAGAGGGACCCGGUGUACUUGAAUCGUCCUUGCCACCGUUCACCAUAUCAUUGCAGCUUCUAGGAGGGCCACAUGCAGAUGAAAGAUGUCAGAUGAAAAAGUUGAGGUGACCUUGAGACAUUGUCGUCGAACAGUAUCCAGGAAAGUCAAAAUAUGACUACUGGGAAUUGCUAUCGGUGUUCAAUUGGACAUAGCUCAUGAUCUCUUCUUGAUCUUUUGGUGACUAUACGAAUCUUAUUCAUGGAAGUUGCUUGCACAUGGUCUCUUCUAUGUUACUAGGUUAGCAGGUGAGCGACUCUUGGAUGUGUUGACAAGGGCUUACAGGGGAUGAUGAUGGAAACAUUUCUAGAGAAUGCGCUGUAGUGGAUACUUGUAAUAUAAAACAAAAAACGAGAGUUUUACCUUCAAUCAAGAUCAUGGACAGAAUCCAAUAU